GCAAUUUUUUAAAGUUUGCACCUGAAACCUUAUCUUUUGUCAACAUUUGCCAAAGACAGAUUUUAGGUUUGCAGAUAAAGGUCUAUUCUGUGUAGACUCAGAGGGUGAGUGGUGGGAAUUCAGCAAAUAAAAGUCUAAUUUCCAUGGAAUGUGAAGGACAGCCCAUCACGUGUGAGAGCGUCAGUGGUUUAGGAGGUGAAGCCAUAAUGGACUGUUUCAAGCUUAGAUGCUGGUUUGUGAGGAGCGGAUCAUCCGUGCAGCACCGGAUUUCAAACUACGUGACCCCUUCAGACCACUCGCAUUGUGCCGGAGUAAAGACAAGGAGGGAGAACACCCCGAGGAGUUUAUUCCUAAUCCUCCAAAACGGAGCCGGGCCUCACAAACUUUAAUCCCACGUGGGAUUUACUUCUCCAUUUAGGGCCUUAAGAGUCCAUCUGCUGGAAUUCCUUAUUCCACCGCGGACCUCUCAAAUCUCAGCAUGUGGUCCGAAGGCCACUUCCAGCCCCUUCAUGUCAUGCCCUCACUCGCCUCUCAUGCCACAAACGUUACAGGAAGUUCCUCAAUUAGACGUGUGUGAUGUUUGUUUGCUCAUGAACCAGUGGCCUCAAUAUGGGAGCAGAUCGGGAGGUCAGAGGGAGCAGCCUCGCGUCGACAGGAAGCGUCAGAGUGAUGACAAUAGGAAUUUGCCACCAUGAGAAAGGAGCUCACUGAGCUCAGAUGUGCCGUCCCGCAGGUGCCUCCCCGAAAUCCGUUAGUGGGAACAGCCCCCACAGCACAAACAGCUGCGGAGCUACCGCUUAGACAGUUACGCUGCUUUUUUUAACUCUUAUCUUCUGCAGUCAUCUUUGUAAUGUUGCCGCUAAGCCGUGUCAUUCUGCACUUUUUUCUCCCUCGUCUCCAUAGACAGUUGGAACGGAGACGCAGAACCUGCGUAGGUUCCACUGUGAGAACCGGAGACGUUCAGGUCGCAUUUGUUUUGGGAGACACCGUCGUCCUUGAGCGUCUUGGGCUGUUUGGGUCGGAGAGGAGGCGGCCAGACUAGCGCUGCCUCAUUCAUGGUUUCCUCCCAAAACCACAGCCGGCCUAUUUUAGGCCGUGCAGACAGGGUGUGGAUGACCUGCCUUGGUCACGCGAGCAAACACAGCGAGACAGGCCCACAUUUAUGGUCUCCACGCUCAAAAUGGGCCCAAAAACCUGGCGUAAACAACGUCGUGGAGCAAACAGAUGCGUGUGAUGUGAUGGAAUUAUAUAUCACUGGUGUCUGUUGUUGUGAUGUGUUUGUCCUUUUCCAGGCUCAUUUACAUUUCACAUACUGCAUGAAAUCACCUGGGCAGUUCUAUAUAUGUGGUUAUUUGCAUUUGAUCACCUCAUACCUGCUUUUUGUGCCAGGCGACGCAGACGCCCCCUCAGUCUGACUUUGCCUUGUGUUGUUGUAAAUGUCUCACACUGUUAAACACGCGCUGCAUCAACGUUCAGAAAACACAAGUGUGCAGGCUUUUGAGGGUUUUUUGCCAGUGUGCUGUGAGUCGCCACACUGACUCACAGCUUGUGGGUUUUUGAACCUCGUUGCUGAUCCUUGGAGUGACCCGUUCCGCUCUGCAAAACAACUCAGAGCAGCAAAUGAAAUCCAGCCGUUUUCUUUCCUGCAAAACUCUCAAAGCAUUUGAAAUUCAGGCAUUAAAGACUUACCGAGCAGUACGUAAAGGCACCGCCCGUUGAAGGGGGGCUCUCGGGACGGGACGACGGCACAAGCCUCCACAGACUGAGGGGACAAGACCCGGUGCCCCCCGAUCAAACCCCCAACUGAACACGUGCCUCCACCUCACUAGCAGGAACCAUGACGGCCAUCAACGCACCGCGGGACAAGUACAAUGCAGUAUGGAUCAUUUUCUUCAUCCUGGGUUUGGGAACCCUCUUGCCAUGGAAUUUCUUCAUGACAGCAACAAUGUACUUCACAAGUAGGCUGAAGGACUCGCCCACGGACCAGUCCUUCAAUCAGUCCACUAAUGAGACAUCGGGUCAUGGUGAUACCCGUAACGUCCUGGAGUCGAAGUUCAACAACGUGAUGACGCUCUGCGCUAUGGUGCCUCUCCUGGUUUUCACCUGCCUCAACUCCUUCAUACACCAAAGGAUUCCUCAGAAGCUGCGGAUUUCUGGCAGCCUGACAGUCAUUCUGGUGGUUUUCCUGAUGACAGCUGUGCUUGUCAAAGUGGACGUAGCUCCACUUCCCUUCUUUGUCCUCACAAUGAUCAAAAUUGUCUGCAUCAACUCUUUCGGAGCCAUUCUUCAGGGCAGUCUGUUCGGGCUUGCAGGGAUUCUGCCUGCCUCCUACACAACUCCCAUCAUGAGUGGACAGGGGCUUGCCGGAGCCUUUGCUGCUUUCUCCAUGAUCUGUGCACUAGCCAGUGGGUCGGCUCUGCAGGACAGUGCUUUUGGUUACUUCAUCACAGCCUGUGUUGUUAUCCUCUUGGCUAUAAUGUCCUACCUCAUUCUGCCCAGGAUGGAGUUUUUCCAGUAUUACAUGGAGAAUAAUGGAUCUGGGCCUUCAACUGAUGAGGAGAACAAAAUGGACUUACUCAAGAAAGACGGUCCAGCAGAGAAGCGACCUGUGGUGAGUCUGACAGAGGACGAGGUCAGACCCAGCGUGUCUGUGUUAAACAUCUUCAAACAGAUCUGGGUGAUGGCUCUGUCUGUGUGCUUCAUCUUCACUGUCACCAUUGGAACCUUCCCGUCCGUGACUGUUGAUGUCAAGUCCACAGUAGCAGGUGGAAGCACCUGGGAAACCUACUUCAUCCCAGUGUCAUGUUUCCUCCUCUUCAACGUGAUGGACUGGGCUGGAAGAAGUCUGACGGCCGUCUGUAUGGUGCCAGGUAAAGACAGUAUCUGGCUUCCGGUCCUGGUGGGUCUGCGGGUCAUCUUCAUUCCCCUCUUCAUGCUGUGCAAUGUCCAACCUCGUUACUACCUCCCUGUGCCCUUUGAGCACGACGCCUGGUACAUCAUCUUCAUGAUCUUCUUCUCCUUUUCCAAUGGAUACUUGGCCAGCCUCUGCAUGUGCUUUGGACCCAAGAAGGUGGCGCCGCAUGAGGCAGAGACCGCGGGGGCCAUCAUGGCCUUCUUCCUGUCCCUCGGAUUGGCACUGGGUGCGGCAGUCUCAUUCGCAUUCCGGGCCAUGAUCUAAGCUUUCCAGCAGAACCUUCAGUAGAUGUAGAUACGACCACCUCCACCCCAACAGUCAUGACUUUUACAUGGAAGGAGGUUUCAACAUCUGGACUAACAGUGCUCCUCUACUUUCGGACUGAGUGCAGAGAGGAAGAUGAGAUCUUGUCCUCUGAAGUGUACAGUAGAGACUCAGCCCGUCGUCAUGACAACAGUAUAUUAGCUUCUUUUUCUGGAGGAUGUAUCCCGUGAUUCUCCUGAUCAAAGAAGCUGAUUCUCUGAAAUAAGCUGAAGAGUUCGCAACAAGAAAAUCAAACCAAAAGUAAAACAUUAGUAUUCAUUCAUGUAAGAAAUAAGAGAAGCAGUAUUAUUGGAAGUGCAUAUUAUCCCACAGCCUCAUCCUUAAAAUGUUGCAAAAAAAUCUUUUAAAUAUUAGAUUACAUUUAUUACGUUGUACUAUUAUAAACAUUUUUAUUUUUUUAAACUAGCCUUUUAGGUUCUUUAACAGGAUUUCUUUCAGUGACUUGCACAUGAAACAUAAGCGAUACUUCAACCUGGACUUACUGAUGCAGCUUUUUAACUCUGAUCAAGCCAAAAAACAGACACCAGGGGAAAUGAACUUUGAAGGGAGAUCGUGACGCAUCAAACAGCUAGUGUGCCGUGUUCCAACCAGUCUGUGUUUGUGAGCUUCCUCUUAACGAGUCAGUCGUCAGUGGGUUACUUUGUCGUUGUGCGUGUGGGUUAGUUCCUGUAGUUUCAUAUAGUUCUGUCAGUUUGUUUACCUUGAAGACAACCUCAUUUAUUCACAGAAUGGAAAGUCACAUUUCUUCCCAAACUUUGAGCUCACGUAUGAAGUCUGUGUUGUUUGUCUUCCUGUGUGAAUACGUGAGAUUUGACCAUGUUGAGCACUGAAUGCGGCUGAAAGCUGUUGUUGACAUGAAAUGUGCCGCUUAGGGAGAUUCAUUCUUUAUGACUUUCUUGAAUCUGUGCCACUUCUCAUCCAAUGUUCAUGUUACAGAUGUUUUAUACCAGAAAUUGUUUUUAGCAUCUAGCUUAGUUUAGAUUUGAUCAGCAAGAGUUUGUUGUUUCCUUUACAAUGUUAUAUUGAUGUUUAGUUGCAUUGGUGUGGCCUUUUGACUGGUUUUAUAAAGCUCUGCUUCAGUUGUACACAGAACUAUUCCUACUACCAUCUGCUUACAUGGCAACAGAUUACCAGGUACAUCUGUUUUGUACUUAGUGGCGUCAGGAAGUCAGACAUGGACCAGUACAGCGUUACCCAUUCACUAUCAUCACUACAGCCUAAAAACAGUUCUGUAAUAAAGGUAAAACUGUGUAUUUGUAA